AUGGCGCCAAAGACAAAACCUGCAGCGAAGGAACAAUCUGAUCCUCACGGAAUGUUUGAAGGAAUGGUUGUCUUCUUUGUCACCAAAGGAGUUCAAGCUCGUCGAUUACAGAUUUGGAAGCAGAGGAUGAUGCAAAUGGGGGCUGUGAUAGAGGAGCGCUUCUCCAAACGGGUUACUCAUGUUUUCGCCGUCGACUCACAAACCCUUCUACAUGAAUUGGAUACCCACCGCUUGUUACGUUUUAAAGGGAGACUUCUCCAAUAUCAAUGGCUGGAGGAAUGUUUGAAAUCAGGGGAGAAAUUAUCAGAGGAUCUGUAUGUACUGAAUUUGGAUCCUCAAGGGGAAGGUAUCAAUGAUGGGAGCAUUUCUAGUGAACCUCAGAAAUUACAAAAUAAGAAGAUCAAAUCAUCUUCUGAGGAUACCGAAAUUGUAAACCUUGAAAGUAACAAAGAUAAAAAAGAAAAUGCACCACUCUCAUCAACAAGCACAACAAACAGUCACAGUGAAAAUGAUAGUUUAAAUAGUGCAGAGAGAAGACCACAACACCAUGAUGCUGAAAAUGAGGCACAGUCGUCCUUGCCGUACUGUCCACCGGAUAUAAACAAGAACAUUACAGAGAUAUUUGGGAAACUUGUGAACAUAUAUAGAGCAUUGGGGGACGACCGGAGAUCCUUUAGCUAUUACAAAGCUAUUUCAGUGAUUGAGAAGUUGUCAUUUAAAAUUGAAAGUGCAGACCAGAUAAAAAACCUCCCGUCAAUUGGAAAAUCAAUGAGGGAUCAUAUUCAGGAGAUAAUCACUACUGGGAAGUUAUCGAAAUUGGAACACUUUGAAACUGAUGAAAAGGUGCAAACAAUAUCCUUAUUUGGAGAAGUAUGGGGUAUUGGUCCAGCCACAGCACUGAAAUUGUAUGACAAAGGACAUCGUACAUUAGACGAUCUUAGGAAUGAUGAUUCGCUUACAAAUGCACAGAAGUUAGGAUUGAAAUACUUUGAUGAUAUCAGGCAACGAAUUCCACGCCACGAGGUUCAAGAGAUGGAACAAAUUUUGCAGAAAGUUGGGGAGGAUAUUUUACCUGGGGCUAUCAUUAUUUGUGGAGGAUCAUAUCGACGCGGGAAAGCUACCUGUGGGGACAUUGAUAUCAUUAUAACACAUCCGGAUGGAACAAGUCACAAAGGAUUUUUGCCCAAGUUUGUAAAGCGUUUAAAGGAUAUGAAUUUCCUGAGGGAGGAUUUAAUUUUCAGUACUCACAGUGAAGAGGGCGCUGAUUCUAGUGUUGACACAUACUUUGGUUUUUGCACUUAUCCUGGACGGGAGUUGCGGCAUCGUAUUGAUUUAAAGGUAUACCCAAGAGACAUAUAUGCUUUCGGACUUGUAGCUUGGACUGGAAAUGAUGUAUUAAAUAGGAGGUUGAGGCUGCAAGCAGAAUCUAAAGGAUUCAGGCUUGAUGAUACAGGGUUGUUUCCAGCUAUUCAGGGUUCUGGUGGAAAACGGGGCACAAAAGGUACUGCAAAUAUGAAAUUGUAUACAGAAAGGGAAGUGUUUGAUUUCUUGGGUUUUCCUUGGCUUGAACCACAUGAAAGAAAUCUCUAA